UGAGGAAUUGUUUACGUUUACUUUAACUAACGUCACUUCACUAGUCAGUGAUUAAUUUCUUUGUGGUUGUGGUAGGAAUGCAACCUUUAUUGUAUUAAUUUAACUUUCAACUUCAAAAGUUUAAUUUUUACGUCAGUUUUCGAUGUUCAUAAUCAAUGUUGGGAAUUGCUCUUAAAGUAGAGGCUGGCUACAGAUUGUUUUCAUAAAAAAAAGAAUAGGCUAUAAUUAUUUUAAACAAAGAAAAAAUACAGAACACCUUGUUUUAGAGUGGGCGUGUAUAAUCCAAGUAUAAUUUGUGCCUUUUCGCUUUAGUAGAAUUGCAUGACAAACUCCACAAAUACAGUUUUUAUGUUUUAACCAUAAUUUAGGUUUUAUCAUUUGACAAAUAGCACACUAAAUACCUAGUCACAAAGAUAAUCAAUUUAUUAGGCUAUGCUAUCUAUGUUGACAACCUGUAGGACACAUACUAUAGGCUAGUAACAUAUAUUAUUAUUUUGGAUUAUUUACAUUUUUGAAUUAACAAUGGUUGAUUAUAGCCGUUUAAAUCCCUUUGUUGAUUACACGGGAAGAUGCCGUCUUGGGACACGGCACUGUCAAGCAUUUAUGACGUUCCUGAGUACUAUGCUUGCGUACACAAUGCGGGUCAAUCUCUCAGUGGGCAUCGUUGCCAUGACCGAUCAGAAGGGAUCUAAUCCGAAUUACAUGGUAUUACCUUGGACCAUCUCCCAACAAGGUAUCAUCCUGAGUGCCUUCUUCUGGGGCUACAUGAUCCCGCAGGUAAUGGCAGGACACCUCGCUCGCAAGUUUGGCCCCAAGUACCUGCUACUAGGAGCAAUGACAGUGUCGUCCAUUACAACAUUAUUGAACCCUUACAUCGCAAUGAACUGCAACUGGAUCGUCUACUGUUUUACGCGGAUGCUCAUAGGGUUCAGCCAGGGAUUCCUGUUUCCUUGUGUCAACACCCAUGUGGCGAAAUGGGCUCCACCUUCGGAGAGAAAUAGAACAUUUUCAUUUGUCUUUGGAGGUGCCCAGGUGGGGACUGUCGUGACCAUGGUUGUGGCCGGGUAUCUGGCCGCCAGUCCUUGGGGUUGGCCGAGUAUUUUCUACUGUACCGGGGUCUGCAGCUUGACGUGGGCUCUGGUCUGGCUGUUUGUCGGAGGCAACUGCCCCGAUUCCCACUCCUCCAUCAGUGACAUCGAGCGAGAGUACAUUAAAUCUACUCUAGUCAGCUCCUCGGAUGACAGUAAGAAUAUGCCAACUCCCUGGCGGCAGAUCCUGACUUCUGGACCUGUCUGGACACUCCUCAUCGUCCACUGCGCAGAGACCUGGUGCUUCUGGAUGCUGCUCACCAUGUUGCCCAACUACCUCAGACAUGUCCUCAAAUUUGAGAUUAAACAGAAUGGCUUAAUAUCCUCACUGCCGUACCUGGGCAUGUGGAUUAUGGGGCUUGUGUUCUCCUGGUGUGCGGACUAUGUCAUUGAGAAGCAAAUCUUACCCCUUGACGUCUCCAGGAAAAUGUGGAACACUAUAGCGUACUGGGGAGGAGCAGCUUCAUUGGUCGCACUUUCCGUCGUUCACUCUGUCUCUGGUUCCGUGGUGUUGCUGACACUGGGUGUCUCUUUAAACGCAGCGAUUUACAUGGGAUUCCUCUCCAACCACUUGGAUCUGUCACCCAACUUUGCAGGUCUGCUCAUGGGUAUCACAAACGGCUUCUCCACCAUCUUCGCCAUCCUGGCGCCCAUGGUCACGGGCUUCAUUGUCACCGACCAGACAAAUCGUGAAGAGUGGAUGAUUUCCUUCUACAUCUCUGCUGGUCUGUUUUUCUUCGGCAACUUGGUCUUCUUGAUCUUCGGUUCAAUGGAAGUGCAGCGCUGGAACGAUCCUCUGGUAGAAGUAGACAGCGAGAAGCCAUCUACACAUAGUAUAAAUACAUAACUGUAAACCUAAGUAAUGUAUUUAUGAAUGCUGGCCAUGCAUAAGUACUAAAACUGUGCACAAAUAUGGAAACCCUCCAAAAUCUAGAUAAUUGAUACCAUCUAGAUAUAAUAGUUGCAAAAGUAGAUUUUCAACUAUUAUAGUAACUAAAUAUUAAGUAAAAUUCUAUGAAAUUCUAUAGCAAAAUUGUUAAAAAUUAACCAUUUUUACAUGUUACAAAACCUUAAACACAACACUUUUAAUAAUUGGAAUCUGAAUUUUUCAGGAUUAAAUUUUAAACCUUAGAAGAGUUAUAAAAAAUUCAGAAAUAAAAAUUACAGUGCAAACAUGUUGAAAUCAAUCAUUAUAACAGGAAAACUAUAGAAAACCAAUCAACCGAAGGUCACGGAAUACAAUUUUCACAAUUGUUUAGGCUUGUAGUUGGGCUUGCAUGAAUACUCAAUACAUAAAACAUAACAAGCAGUACAAUAGGCCUAAUCAGAUUUAAAGUUGAGUAUUAUGAAUAAUUUGAAAUAUCUGGUCAACUUCUGAUAUUGGGAAUCUAUCGCUUUUGCGACUAAUAUUAACGAUUGGUAAGUCGGAUCUCGAGUCUUACUUUUGAAUCCCAUUGAAGAAAACAACACACAAAAAAUGUGGUCAAAGUUGACCCAGAGCGUAGUGGAAGAUGUUUUUACUUUAAUCCUCGUGAUGAGUUUUAUCAAACAAUGUCUCCGUUUUAAUGAUGAUUCCUGCAUGUUGUGCAUUGUGUUUUGAUUUGUAAACUUCUCUCAAUGAUUCAUUUAAUAUAAUUGGCUUUUCCCUUAAAGAAUAAAACAGAUUUCAAAUGUAAAAGCUUUUUUUAUAUUUACAGUGAAAAAACGUGUUAUCCUUUCAAACUAUCCAUUUUAAACAAUGGAUUUUAAACAGGGGGAAAUAGUCACAAGUUUGCUUCUAAGUAAGACACUAUUGGCUAUUUUCUUGAAUAUUAAACCAUGUAAAAAUAUGCUGAAUAUAAGAGAAAGGGCUUUACUUAAUAAGAAUUUCUUUUCUUAAUUUGUUUUUAUGUUGUACCAUAUUUAUUUAAAACAAUUAUAUUAAAUAUUCCUAUGUUGUAUAUAUAUUUUAGGUAGCUUAAUCUUUGUGCUCUACAUACUAUUCUAUUUUUACUGUUAUACUGUAUCGAUUUAACUGUUAUUAUGACGCGAGGAGUUGAUCUUUUAAGUUUUUUGGAUUAACAACUUGACAACAAGGCUUGAACGGUAGGUGUUCACUUUUCAACUAGCCACAGUUUUAACUGGCCGCUAUUUUUAAACAGAAUCUCUUCCUUUCAACCAAAGAAAAACAAAAGGAGUAUUUAAUUUGAUACUUGUAUUUAUCUUUAGUUAUUAACUUUAUAAGUUUUAUUCAUAUGUAAUUUGAUAACAUCCACUUGGCAGAAAAUCUUUUUUACAAUUAAUUAGUUAGUUUAGUUGUAAACUGAAACUUUUUAGGACCUUUACUGUGAAAAAAUGAAAAUAGCAUUUUGACGGUGCACACACUAGUGUAUAUUAUACUAGAAAAGAGGAAAAAGGAAAAACUAAAGUUUAUAUUGUCCUAAAUACUAUACGAAAAGUAAGCUAAAAUGCCAUAUUGUGAAUUUUUGUAGUUUAAAGUUACCUUUUACAUGUUCGAUAAAAGAUAGCUUUAAACUUAAAGAAUGGCACAGAAAUAUCUAUUUUCAGAGACGACCUUAGACUGAGUACAUGUCAGUAGUAGACAUAGUGUACUUAGUGAUAUAAUGAAGAUUGUACAGUUCCUAUUUGACCUUUACAACGGAUGUGACUUACAUAAUGAGCCUUACGUUUUGUAACCUGAUGGUUACAUGCUUAAUUGAUGUUCUGUGAAUUUAAUUGAAUCUAAAUUACAAAUUCAGAUUUUUAAAUGGAACAAAAGUACAGUUUAUAAUUUUGCGUUUACUGUCAUCACUGGCUCUUAACACUACUUUUUUGGAUAGUUCUGCCCACGUUCUUGACUCUUAAAGGUUCAGUCGACACCCUGUUUGACUAAAAGAAAUGGUAGCAGCCAGUAACCUUCGAUAAUAGUAAGAAGGUUACCAUCAAUAAUUCUAUAUAUAUCUUAUUUCCUUUAAAAACUUGACAUUAAACAUGUGAAACAAUAAAUAAAUAGUCAUUAUUAUUCAGUUUUCAUUAAUAAUUAUUUUUGUUUUACAUUUACAUGUUUAUUUACAUUCUGGAUAUUAACAGUCAUACUGAAUUUCUUAUAUAGUGUAAAGGUAUACUUUUUUCUUGCUGCUCCGUAACUAAUCUUACACUCAAUAAGACGCUCCCUUACCCAUGUUCCAACCUGGUAUCUGUGUCUGAUAUACCUUUCUUAUAAGCAUAAAGUAAACAUAAACUUACUGUGUUUAUUUUGAAUUAGUAGGGUCUUGCGAUGUUAACAAUAUUGAGUAGCUUUAAAAAGUGCUCUUACUGCUGUGUUGUGUUGGCUGUGUUUUCUUUACAUGACAUUUCUUGUUGCCUUUGUAAGUUUUAUAAUCAGGGGAAAGGAUUAUUUAUUAUUAUGUUGGCCAAACGCCAUGGAGUUUGGUGCAUGAAAUCUGAUAUUUUCUGUAACAAACUUGUAUGUAAUUUAGCCAUAAGAGUUGCAGAAAUGAUAUACCUCAAUUGUAGUUAGGUAAGUUGAAUGUUCCAGAGUGAUGAAAGAACUGAUAUAUACUUUUUCUAAACCUCAUAAUUUUAUUGGUAAAUUUCUUCUUCUUUCGUUUAAAAAAGCUUAAUAUAGAAAUUUUGUAUAAAUAAUUUAUUAACUGAUCAAUAUUUACCAAAAUAUGAGUUCUUAAGAGGGGAAAGAAUUGCAACACCAAUCUAUGUUUAAAAAUGCUGUACUCUGAUUUUUAUUUAUACUGUAUUGCAGUACAGUAUAAUGUUUAACUACUUAUGUACAGUUAUACAGAAAAUAAAACUAGGCUAUAUGAAUGCUUUGUUUCAUGUUACAAUUGUUUUUAUAUAGUUUGUAUAUUAUGUAAAAUAGAGUCUGUGAUACAUGUUAGUUGGGGUAACUGGGCCAUGGUUUACAAUGGUAUUAGGUAUUUUUGCACUUUUUAUCAGUCUUAAAGCUAAAAAAUUAAAAUUUACUUUCCUGCAAGAGACAAAAUGUUAGCUUCAACAUGUGUGUGUUUUUUUAUAUAUUUCAUUAUCAUGAUCAAAAUAAUAUUUACUAAUAAAAAAAUCGAAAUAAUUUUAUAUCACGGAUGGAGGUUGUCUGUUUUCCCCUAGAACUGGACCACCUGGUUCUAAGUGCUAUACUAUGCAGUUUAAUUAAUUUAGUUUAAAAGGCAGAAUCUAUGUGGCAGUCACAAUGCUUGCUGGUGUAAGGUACAGAAAAAAAUUAAACACAAACUAAGACUAAAGAAGUUUUUAAUUGUACAAAUCACCAAAUUAAACAAUGGGGAUGUAAAUAUAUAACUCUUUUCAAAAAUUUUUAUAUUGUUCUUUGAAUAAAAAACUUUGCUCCACACAAAAUACUAAAAGACUGAAGAUCAACUAAAAUUUUAAAGGGAGUUUUUUCUUAUCUUAUAUGUUCCACAAAUUCUCCAGCUAUUGAAUAUGAAGAAUCCUCUUUUAUAAACCAUGGUUCUUUAAUUGCGCCAUUACAUAUUCCAGUAAUUUUUAUUGAUGUCAAUCUUGCCUGACCAUUUCCAAAUCUUACGAGAUUUCUUCAUGGGGUGAUAUUUUUCACUUCCUCAUCUGAAAGGAUUAUAAUUUUACCUGGAAAAUAUUCGCCUUCAUAUUUGAAAACUACAAAUUGUCCAACUUUUGCUCAAUUUUCUUAAGCUGGAGAAAGUCAUUGCAAGUCUGGUCACUAUUGCAAAUUAUUUAAAAUAUCUUCUCACCCUUCAAGUACCGUUCAUGCUCUUCCACUGCAUCUUGCAUAUCCAAACCACCACUCCUGUUAAAAUCAAAUGUAUAACACUGUGUUUUCGUAGUCUUGAAUGUGUUUUAAUACUUUCAUUUUGUAAAAUCUUUUGGUAGGCGUACAUUUUUAGUCCUUUUAUUCUUCAUUCUUUUCAUUUCAAAUUUGUCCUUCUCAUCUUUCUCUUCUUGUUCUAAUCUUAACAAAUAGUCUUUGGUUGUUAUAACUUCUCACUUUUUGACAAGCCUUUUUAGGUUUUUCCUGGUCUUUUUUCAUCAUUUCUAACAACAGAUCUUCAAAGAUUUUUUCCAUAAACCGUUGAAGCAUUUUAUUGAUCUGGUAACAAAGAGUUUGAAGAAGAGCCAACUGCCAUUUCCGUCUGUGUGGCUGUUACAGGAAACCAACUCCUUGCUUUAAGUGUAAUGUGAUGGACAGACUUUCCACUGCUCAAAAGCUAAAGACAUACCAGCACUCGUAUGUGUUGCAUUCCACAAUCAACCCUGAUAAAAAAAAGUAAUACAGGAAACAAUUGCAAAAGCUGUUUCUUCUUGUAACUGUGAUGUGCUAUAUUUGUGAAAAGUCUUUUUUUACAUUACCAAAUCUUCUCUCUUUAACACGCUCACUCUGUUGUCAUUCUUGAUUAUUUAAUCUUCAAAACAAUCACCACAUUGAUGUAAUAAAAAAACUGAACACUUAGACAUGUCCUUUUGCAGAUACAAAUUGUGCAGGAGAGGGUAAAUGAGUUGUUUUUGACAUUAGACACUUCCGUGCAGUUUUUCCAAUGGCACACACGUAAAAUACUCUUUAAAUGUUAGAAUGAUCAGCCUAUGGCCCAGAUACCUACUGGGUCCAGUUUCCUCAACCUACUUGAGUAACCGCAUCUUACAAAUUUCAUAGCCAUGUCUUUAGCUUAAGUACAAUAUCUAAAUUUAUUGUAUUACUAGUUUUGAGUAUAGUUCAAACAUAAACGUAAGUAACAUUUGUAUAUUUUAGUGUUAGGUUCAUAGCUUUAUAGUUGUAGUAUAGAAAGUACUUAUGUGUUUAGUGUCUGUAUCUUAAAUUAUAUUUUUAUAUCGACAUUCCUAUUAGAUUUGGUAGGAACUGACAUUGUUACAGCAGCUGUUUAGGCAUGAUAAGGAUUUUCGUUUUAAGGAAUUUAAAGAAUAUAAAAACUCAUAUAGUUUUAAAUAUUUCUCUGGUUGCACAAACAAAAACACAUUAUUAAUAUUGUGGAGCAUUGUAAAUACUGUUAAAAUCUUGAAGUAUUUCAGACUUGCUGUGGAGAAUAGACACUUUCAAUUGUCUCUCACAGAAUUAACAUUGUCAACUAUAGCUAGUCAAGCAUUGAUAGAAAAACAUGUUUUCGGAUAUUUGCUACUGUUAUUGUUAUAUUAACAAUAGAAAAUAUCCGAAAACCUGUAAUCCUAUAAAAUUGUCCAUCGUCAGUAACAAAUUUUAAACAAAGAAUUGUCUAAUAUUAUAAUAUCUCAAUGCAAGUAUCAGAUGAUGAUUCAACAGAUCUUGAAGAUGAGUCUGUAUUUUCAAACUGCCACUUACGGAGUUAAUUUGUUCACAAACUUGUUAUUAAUGAUAUUUGUUAUUGAUUGGUUAAGGUUCAGCCAAUCACUUUACUGCUACUUAUAAGUCUUCUUAAACUUAUAUGUAUAAGUAGAUGUGUAUUACUGACAGUUUCAGUUUAACACUUGGUAAUUCCAUAGCAAGGCCAAAAUAUUUUAAGAUUUUAAAUAUGUCCACUAAGUUUCAAUACUUGGAUCAUUGUCAUAGUAGCCUAAGCCUAAGAACUAAGAAAAUUAGCAAUAUUUAGUGUUUUAAAUCAGGCAGAGAAAUCCAUAUGUUUUUUACAUUCAUAUUUUUAAUAUUUUCUAAUCAUGAUUUUAUCGUCAUAAACAUUUUUUUCUUAGGAAGAACAUUUUAUGUGACAUGUCUAAUCAGCUUGUUAUUGCCUUUUACCAAAUAUAACUGUGAUCUUAAAAGGAAUAGAUUACAUGCAACAAUUCCUAUUUAUAGAUUAAUUUGUAUAAUUUUUAGUUUUAAUACAUCAAGUUAUGUAGUUUUUGUGUAAUAUUGUAACAAUUUAAUAUGUAAAUACUAAAGAGGUACUAAUAGAGAUAUGUGUUUUUUCAUCUAACAUAAAUUAAAGUUAUAGGAAAGCAAAUGUUUUAUUUCAAAGUAUAUUGUUUCGAUUUUGAUUAUUGCAACUGUAUAGAUUUGUUUUUGUUUUCAGCUUUUAAUAAAUGUAUUGGAAAUA